AUGGCCGCCGCCACCUCCGCGGCAGCAGCCGUCUCCUCGUCGCGUUUGUAUCCUUUCCUCCAACCCACCCCCAACCCCACCUUCGUUUCCUUCCCGCGGCGACCGCUUCCAGCAACCUCCCUCUCCCUAGCCCUGUCCGCGCCCUCCCAGCUGUCAUCGCGGGGCUUGCCGCUGGCGCCGGCGGCCAACCCGAAGUACCACAACGCGAAGGUGGAAGCGGGAUACGAGGACGUGGCCGGUGAGGAGCUCCUGCGGCGGUUCAAUUGGCAGGUGUCCCGCGCGGGCGUCACGGAGGAGAUCAAGCGGCGGCGCAGGCACGAGGACUCCCGGGACAAGCGCAAGCGCAAGGCGCGGUCGGCGUCGCGGCGGUACCGCCAGAGGCACUUCAUGGGCCCAUAUCCUUUCAACGAUGACCAGGGGCUGAAGGAGCAGGCCUCUGAUGACGAGGAGAACGACAACUGGGAGCUCCCUGCAGGAGAGUUGCCUUCUUACAGAAUUCUGCGGCAAAUUUUCCUGGUGGGGAAAAAGAUGAAUUCUGAUGCAGUAGACACUAGAUUUGGUGAUCUAGUUACUCAGAGAAACUGUUCUUUUGCAGCUGCAAAAUUGCCAUGCUGGUCCUGA